UACAAACAAAAGUGGCCCAUGCUCUCUAAUAUCAAACAGUACUCGUUGAUCUAAACAUCUAUAAGUUAAACUUGGUAUUAUCAUUUAAUUUGAUCGCUAUACGAGUCACUUUCUUUUCUUUUUCUAUUUAUUUUUAUUUACUAUCUAAAUAAUUUGGGGUUGUCAUUAUGUUGUUUUAAAUAAAUUCAAAUCUUUUUUCCCCUGAAAGGUAGACAAAGUAUUUUUUGUGUGAUUUCCAGCGAAUUAAUUUACUCAAUGGUAUUUCUUCCAACAUGGGGAAAAAAAAGCCGAAGAAAUUUACUACUGUUUCUAACCAUUCAAAUGUAUCAGAGAUGAACAUAAGUGAUUCCUCUUAUUCUCAAGAUAUUUCAUUUAGCGAGAGUCCUGAAGAAUUUAAAGUUUUACUUUCCCAUAAUACUGAAAAUAAAGAUGAAUAUAACAAGUGGACGAAAAAUUGCUACUGGAAAAAUAUUGCUUUUAUCAGUCCCUCUGUGCUUUGUCAUUAUGGUUUCAACUCUUUUUUACUUUUCCAAGGAAAGUCAAAUUCUGCAGUAUUUAUAGCUAAACCUCUGAAGUCUGUUAAAAAAAGAAAUGUUAUAUUACUGAAUGGCAUGGGCUUUAACAAUGAAGAAAUAGUAACGCUUACUCCUCUUAAAGACAUAUAUGAAGCUAAGGAAAUAUUCUGUGAUUCCUCGUUAUCUUGUGACAUUCUUCAAAAAAUGCUUGCAAAAAAAUUAAGUAAUAGAUUUUUCUGGUGUGGUCUCAAACUACAAUUUACCUCGUUCGAUGUCAAAUCUGAAUGUGUUAUUUCAAAAGCUAUCUGUGAUGACAAUUUUUCUAAAAGCAAUUGUUUUGGUGACGUCACCGACUCUUCGAAGCAUAUUUCAUCUCUCUUUUCGUCAUUAACUUUGCAAGAUUCUAUUCAUGAUACUUCUGGGUCCGUAGAUGCACAAUCAAUCACCUGUUUUAUUACAAAUCAUCGUUCAUCAAUUAUUGUGAGUGAGCCUGAAUCGUCGUAUCCUCUUUUUAAGCACGUAGGAGGAUAUCGUCAACAGAUUGAAAUCAUAAGGAAUCAUAUUAAUGCAUUUCUGAAAACUACAAAGGAUAAAGGUUGUAUCUCAAUGCUGUUGUUGAGUGGUCCCUCCAAAACUGGAAAAAACAUGAUUAUGAACGCCAUUAUCAAUGAAUAUGGAAUCCCUACUAUGAAAAUAGAUAUGUCUUCCCUGAUUUGCCUGAACACUUUUACUGCUUUGGAGGAAGAAAUGAACCUGGUAAUAAAAAAUGCUUCUGAGAGCUCUCCAAGUUUCUUGAUGUUGGAUAAGUUUGAUUUGUUUUGCCAUUUGAAAUCAAAAGAACAUGUGUCAAAUAUGUUAAGACACCUGAAUGAAAUUUCUGGUGAUCAAGUUCUCAUCAUCACUACUUUGAGCACUGAAUUUGAUAUUGAUAGACAGUUUCUGCAUUCAUAUUUUUCAGUUCAAGAAGUUAAAUUUACACUUCCAUGCACUUCUGAUAGAGAAGAGAUAAUUGAAAAGAUACUCGUUAAGCAAAAACAAGAGUUAUCAUCCAUUGAAAUAAAGCAUUGUGCCGAAUUAUUACAGGGAUUGAGUGGCGGAUAUAUAGAUAAAAUUUUAAAGUAUGACGCUACUCUCUUGUCUCUGAUACGGAUGAAAAAUACCUCACAGAUCUCACCACCAGAGUCUAAUUUAAGUUUCUCUGACAUUGAGACUGCUAUUAAGAAGAGGAAAACUUCUCUCUUAUCAUCUGACAUGAAAACAGAUAAAGUGAAAUGGACUGACAUAGGGGGAAUGGAAACAGUUAAAAAAGAAUUGAUGAAGGAGCUUGAAAUGAUGACUCAGAUUCCAAAAGAGAAACUUAAACGCUUCAAUAUUUCCCCUUGUCAAGGUAUACUUCUCUAUGGACCUCCUGGAUGCUCAAAAACUAUGAUUGCAAAAGCCUUAGCCACUGAAUGCAACUGGAAUUUCAUUUCAAAGAAAGCUUCUGACAUUAUGAACAUGUAUGUGGGGGAAUCUGAAAAAGCUGUUACCAAUCUAUUUCUUGAAGCCAGAAUAAAAGCUCCUUGUAUCAUUUUUCUCGAUGAAAUUGAUGCUAUAGCACCUGCAAGAAACAGCUCAUCCUCAGCUUCUGGUGUUGAAAAUAGAGUAGUAAAUUGUUUACUCACUGAGAUAGGAGGAAUCGAAACUCUGAGAGAUGUGCUUAUCAUUGCAGCAACAAAUCGUCCAGAUAUUAUAGAUGAUGCUUUGUUGCGAAGUGGAAGAAUUGGAAAACUUAUUUACGUUCCUUUACCUGACAGCAAAACUCGUAGAGAGGUUUUCAGAUUAUGUAUGAAGAGGAGAAAAGUUUCUGCUGAUGUCAAUUUUGAUGUCUUGAUUGAAAAAACAGAAGGUUACACUGGUGCUGAGAUUGUUCAGCUAUGUAAUGAAGCUGCGAUGCAACUUCUUAUCGAAGACCCUGGCUGUGUAUCUCCAACUUUGAAAGGAGAGCAUUUUGAGCGAGCUUUAGUCACUGUCCUUCCGCUUACUCACAGAGAUACAAUACAUUUUUAUGAACAGUUUAGUUUAAAAAAAUAGCAAAGGAAAAGGAGCAUCAUAGUAGUUCUGUAAUAUACGUUUUAUUAAAAACUAUUGUACAUAUUGCAUAUUAAAAAA